CAGAGGAGGAGAAGGAGGAGGAGAGGUGAAGAGGAUGAGAAAUUAGUCUGUGUCGCACUCCAAGUCUGACACUGUUCCUCACUUUAAGUUUUAACUAAUGAGAACCACCCUAGACCUUUUUUUUUCUUACAUCCUGAACACACUUUGGCUGUCUCUUUGCAUGUCUUUAAACUUUAAUUACAAAAGGUUAUUAAAGCGGGAAGAUGUUCCGCCGCUUAUUAAAAUGGACACUUUGCCUUCUUGGCCUCAUAACGACGAGCACCGCCUCACCUGACGAUGCACCGGGGGAUUUUGGAGGCGAGUCCGGCUCCGGGAUGCUGCAGACAGAUGAAGUGGACAUUCUGCAGGAGCUUUCUCUUCAGCUGUCCAACAGCAGUAACGCCUCCAUGACUCUGGAUGACAGCAGGUGUCCAGUCCUGCAGGUGGGGCAGUACUCAACCUUGGCUCUCCCUCUUCAACCGCUGCUCAUUGACGGGUUUGCAGAUGAGUUCAGUUUACUGGUGCAGCUGCGGAGUCCUCGGAGAGAUGAACGCAGUGUCUUCACCAUGCUCAGCCCUGACAGCCACGUCAUGCUGCAGCUGCGGAUCAGUGCUUACGCCGUCAUCUUCAUAGGAACACAGCAGCGGCACUAUGAGUUCCCAGUCAGCGGUCUGUCUGAUGGAAAGUGGCACCAUGUGGCAGUCAGUGUUUCUGCCAAGCGGCUGGCGCUGUAUGUGGACUGCUCUCUGUUGGAGAGCGUGGACUGGGUGUACCACGGCAUGGGGAUCAGCGCCGACGGGCUGCUUAUGGUUGGAGGCACCAUCGAAGCAUUUGAGACUCCAUUUGAAGGUCAUCUUCGACAGCUGACCUUUCUGAUGGGUGACCUAGACGCCGCCCAGCAGCACUGCAGCCACCACCCACCUCACUGUGGUGACGCCGCCCCCAAGUCUCCCCGCUCCACACGCACAAACAACGCCCUGGAGAAUAUACUGCUGUCCUCAAAUGACCUAGAGGACCUGCUGGGGAAUCCCAAGGGCGAGUCAUUUUUGAGCUUCAGCAGAACUAAUAUGUUUCUACAACAGGGGAGUUCUCGAGGGGACGGGACAGUGCCUUCAGGAUCCAAUCGAUCCAAAGGUUCAGUGGGUCGUGGCGAUGUCUUUGUCGUGGAUGAGAACACUGACUUGUUGGAUCCAAUCUUCCAAAAUGGUGGACAAGUCAACCCUCAGUGGAAGCCCUCCAGAAAUGGAUUUAAGGCAAACCAGAAGGGGAAGCCUGAACUUUCAUCGAAACUAUUGGACGAGAACAUUACCACAGAUAAAAAGACUGACUCCGGUGGGAGAACUUCAUUGCUGUUCCCUGGAAAACCGUCAGAUAACAUCAUUGACCUGGACAUCGGAAGUACCACCAAGAAACCCUCUGUGGGAUUUCCUGUACUUCCGAAGAUCCCAUCCGAUCCCAGAACAUCCACAGACUCCAACAAAUUAAAGGGGGAGAUGGAUGGAAGUUUUAGGUCUGUCACAGCUACACCUCAUGUCAUCAUCUCUGGUGUAUCUGCAAAGGCAAUAGUUGAGGAAGGGAGACACAUCACAACUGAUCAUAGCACAAAGCACAAUGGUAAACAACCACACAAGGAGCGCCCUGGCAUGGUGACCAUUGUAUCCAGAGACAGAGACCUGGUCCUGGGCUCAGAUGGCAAAACAUACCGGCUCCAGAGAGGGCCACCAGGCCGAAUGGGUCCACCAGGGCAGGAAGGCUGUCCUGGUGACCCUGGCCUUCCUGGGUUUAAAGGUGAUCAGGGUAAGAUGGGCCCUGUAGGGAAUCCAGGAAAAAGGGGGCAGCCAGGACCUCCUGGACCAGCAGGUUUACCAACACUCUACCUGUGGAAGAAUACAGCAGAGGAAUUGGCUGCCUUUCAGCAAACCAAUUUCUACCAGUUACUUUGUGCUGGUUGGCCUAGUAAAGAAGGCCCUGCAGGACCACCUGGAGAAAUGGGCAAGACCGGCAUACAGGGCCCACCUGGUGAACAUGGGCAGCGAGGGCGACCAGGGAUGCGAGGAGAGAUGGGUGAACGGGGUCACAGGGGCCCCCCAGGACGAGAAGGGCCCCCAGGGAGAGAUGGGGAAAAUGGAGAAGAUGGUGAGCCCGGAUCACCUGGUGCUCCUGGAUCACAGGGUCUGUGGGGAUACAGGGGAGAACGAGGGUCCAAAGGGGAAAAAGGUGAUGAGGGUCUCAUUGGCCUAAAGGGUCCAAAAGGGGAAAUUGGCGAACGUGGCAAGAAGGGCUCAACUGGUGCACUGGGCCCACCUGGUCCUGUUGGACCCCCAGGGCCUCAGGGGAUCCGAGGUGGCUAUGGGCCAGAGGGGCCGCGUGGACCCGAUGGAGAAAAUGGACUGGAUGGCCCUCCAGGUCUGCCAGGACUGACGGGAGCACCAGGUUUGACAGGGCGAGUUGGCGCUCAAGGAGUUAAUGGCUCAAGGGGGGACAUGGGACCUGCUGGAAGUAUCGGCCUCACAGGCCCUCAGGGGCCUCCAGGUUUAGAGGGACAGAUGGGACCUCCAGGACUCAGAGGACCCCAAGGACAUCCAGGUCUGAUGGGUGCUCCUGGACCUAAAGGAGAUCCUGGGCCUGUGGGGCCCAUGGGUGCCCGGGGGGAACCUGGCUUUGAGGGGCCCAUGGGUGCACCAGGAGAAUGGGGUCCUAUGGGUUUUCCCGGGGUAACGGGUAACAGGGGACCAGAUGGGGACAAAGGGGAUCCAGGACCUAAAGGCGACAAAGGUGUUCAAGGGGCAACAGGUAUUAGAGGUCCUCAGGGAGAGAGGGGCCCCAUCGGCUUCCCGGGUUUUCCAGGCACUAAGGGCCAGCUUGGCCCCACAGGCACAGAGGGCACAAUUGGAGAAACUGGCCCCCAGGGAAAACAGGGCAGCCAUGGGUUAAAGGGGAACAGGGGACCAGAUGGACGAAACGGCAAACCAGGACCCAGAGGGAACAAGGGUCGGCCUGGACAGAGAGGCCACACUGGCCAGCCAGGGCCAUCGGGUUUGCCGGGGCCACCUGGACCAGAGGGAGCAGAAGGAAAGCCUGGUACACAGGGUCCUUCAGGUGCAGCUGGCUGCGCUGGUAGUAAAGGACCAACGGGUUUUCAAGGAAUUGCUGGAGACAGAGGAGCAGAUGGCCCACCAGGUUCUCCGGGGCCACCGGGAAAACCAGGACCCCCAGGGUCACCAGGACCCCCAGGAGACAGGGGUUUCACAGGAAAGCAAGGCAUGGAGGGACCUCAGGGCCCAGUAGGCAUGUAUGGUAUCCAGGGGAACGUGGGCAUGCGUGGGCCUCCAGGGUUCACAGGAGAAGGGGGUGAGCCAGGUUCACGAGGUUUACCUGGACCUGUUGGGAAGCCAGGACCUGCAGGUCUAGCGGGUCCUCCUGGAGAGAAGGGACUCAGAGGACCUCAGGGUCGGCCUGGAGAUGAAGGACCCAAAGGGAUACCAGGCCUACCAGGCCCUCCAGGUCUCACAGGUUCUGGUGGCACACCUGGAAAACCCGGACCCAGGGGAAGCCAAGGGCCCCCCGGACCUCAGGGGCCACCGGGGCCAGCAGGAAUCCCAGGCCUACAGGGUGCUGAUGGGUUAUUAGGAGCAGCAGGGGAAAGCGGGCACAAGGGUUUACCCGGCUUGCCUGGUGAUGCUGGCCCCACAGGACAAGAUGGACAGCAGGGUCCCCAUGGCCAAACUGGAACUGAAGGCCCACAUGGACUGAAAGGAGACCAGGGAGACAUAGGGUCUUGUGGGAAAACUGGUCCUCCAGGCCCACUAGGAGAGAGAGGACUUGAGGGGGCAAAAGGCUUACAGGGACCACCUGGACCAGUGGGUGAAGAGGGUGAUGUCGGGCAUCCUGGUGAAACUGGGGAUCCUGGACCCAUAGGGGAGAAGGGUGUGGUGGGACCUUUAGGGAUGUCUGGUCGGGAAGGCCCUUGGGGAGCACUCGGGGAAAAUGGCAAAAGGGGCCCAAAUGGGGAGAAGGGCCACAUUGGAUUAAUGGGUGAACCAGGGCUGAUGGGUGAAGUGGGACCUGCAGGUCUGCCAGGAUUACAGGGAACGGCAGGCCCUCGAGGACCCCUGGGACUAGAUGGACCUCAGGGCCAGAAGGGGGAGGCUGGGCCUGUAGGAACUACUGGACCUUCAGCGCCUGGAGGCCCUCAGGGAAUAGCUGGUGCACGAGGUGUGAGAGGAGAAACAGGGGGACUGGGUCCACCUGGUCCAGUAGGAAAAGUUGGACCUCAGGGAGACCAGGGAGCUAAAGGGGAACCAGGGCCACCAGGAAUGAAGGGAGAGCAAGGAGCUCCAGGUCCACCAGGGGAACAGGGUGAAGAUGGUCUGCCAGGAAUCCGAGGUCCUCCAGCUCUGCCAGGGUUUGAGGGGCCUCCUGGAGAGAAUGGACCCCAGGGACCCCCAGGUCCCCAAGGGGCUCCUGGAGUUCAAGGAAAACCAGGACCUGAGGGGAAAGAGGGCAUGAAAGGCGAGAAGGGAAACAAUGGCAUGAAUGGAUCACCAGGGAAGACAGGUCACAUUGGAAGGAGGGGGAAACGGGGGAAGGCUGGAGUCAGAGGAACCAGAGGUGACAGAGGACCAAAGGGCCAAAAAGGAGACACAGGACAGGUUGGCCUUCCUGGAUGGCCUGGGCUCAUCGGAAUCCAGGGCUUGCGCGGAGAGCUGGGAGAUCAAGGUGAAAAGGGGAAAGAGGGUGAGAAAGGAGACAUGGGACUGCCUGGACUGCCUGGAGCUGAUGCCAUGAAGGGUAUCCGUGGUCCUGCUGGGUUGCCAGGCCCACCGGGUCUGAAGGGAGAGCAGGGAAAUAUUGGUCUACCGGGGCCGAGGGGUACACUAGGGGUGCCAGGACUGCCUGGUUUGUUUGGAUUAAAGGGUUUAAAAGGCUACCAAGGUUUGCCUGGUCUGCCCGGCAGGAGAGGGCUUCCGGGUCCACCUGGGGCUCCUGGACCCCCAGGAAAGUCACUGAACAUGACACUGACUCAGCUUAAGGACCUGAUGUAUGUGUCUGAUAGGCCCAACUAUCCUCUGAUCCAGACUCUGUUAGACUCUCUGCAGCAGGAGUUUCGGCUGCUGGUUGAUCCUCCUGAUGGCAGCAAGGAGCAUCCUGCCACCACCUGUCUGGAGCUCUGGUUCUGUCACCCUGAAUACAGCAGCGGAAUGUAUUAUAUUGACCCCAACCAGGGCAGCACAGCCGACGCUCUGCUGGCCUACUGCAUCUUCUCUUCCACAUCAAAACAGACCUGCCUUCAUCCUCGAGAGUCUCAGUUGGCCACAAAGGCCUGGAUGGCAGAAUUUUCAGAAGAAACAGAUUUUCAGUGGCUCAGCAGACUGGAGCAGGGAUUCCAGUUUUACUAUCCAGGUGCUAACGUGGUCCAGAUGCGUUUUCUGAGGUUGCACAGUAGCACUGCCAUCCAGAAGAUGACCUACUCCUGUCAUCCAGGACACAGACUGGGCCAGGCAGACAGGGACAUCAAAUUCCUCACUGACACAAGAAAGCAAAGUUACCUCGGAACACUUAAAGAUUGUGUGCCUGAAGAGGAGAACCUUUCUGGACCUCGGGAGUCUGUGUUCGAGUUUGAGGACCUCCAGCUGCUUCCUCUGAGAGAUGUAGCAGUGAUGGGAGGAGAAAACUUCUCACACCAGUUUGGCUUCACUGUCGGACCUGUGUGUUUCAGCUAGAGAAAACUAGAAAGGGAGACGCAUAGGUCCAGGACACAAACCUCUGUUCAAAUCAUGGAUGCCAAGAGGACAACUGGACCGGCUCUUCCAAUUUCUGAAGAAAUCACUCCCUUCCCUCUUGUUUUGGGGGAUUUGAUCUCUCUUUUUAAUUGACUCCGUAUUCAUGAAUUUGAGAGGACAAAAGGGUCCCCAGGCUUUUUCACGGAGAAGUCAGUUUUGUUUACAGAGACGUUUAUCUUGUAUGGAAUAAUUUAAAAAUGUAUGUUUUUUAUCCUUUAUAUACAAUGUUUGUUUUUCCUUCUUUCUUCCUAACAAUGUGUUCUGCAUUGGGGACACAGCUACUGUCGUCCCAUUGGCCAUUUGUGACCAGGCCAGGCCAGUACAACUCUCUGACUGACAUUAAUGAGUGAACUCAUGUGUCACAAAUUUCAUUUGAAUCCAAAAAACAACAGAGGGCGACAGUCAUAUUGUCUUAUACAUACUUGAUGCUGUCAACUGCAAGACCAAAAUUCCUCAUUUUGUUAAAAUACAGAACAUUGUUUAUGUUUUUACAGUUUCAUAUAACUGUAUGUUCUUAUAUCUCAGGUAUGAUACAUUAAUGAUAUACACAUGGGCACUGAAGCUGCGGUUGUCACAGUAUGUUGGUCGGUUUUGUAGUUUAGCAUUCAAACAAGACAUAUUAAGAUUAGAAAUGUUAUGCAUAAAUCCAUGAAAAGACCAAAACCAACAGUGAAUUAGUCCUAAGACUAUUGUGUGUAACCAAAUCCGCAUAUCUUCUUCUCCUGCACCAUGGAGCUCCACUGACACUCCAGUGACAUAUUCCUUCAAUCCAGUGAAUACACACUGUAGUUUAUUUUGAUACAAUGCCACACCGCCAUCCUGCUGCCAGAAAUACUCACAAGAACACCAAAUUAGCAUUAAUGCACAGCUGAAAAUUGUCCCUAACAAAUUCACUAUUUACUCUUGUUUGAGUAACGUUUGCUGAAACCUACAGUGACCAGCAAUUUAGGAAAUGAAUACGUUUUUUUAAAUGAAACAAUAUAUAAUGAUUGGAAAGUAUUAAAGACUGGAGCAUUGUUGGUUUUCUCUUUUCAUGAGAUUUAUAAACCAUAAGGAAAACAAUAUAGUAACACCAGUUAACACUUCUCCAUUGUGUUCUCAAAUUUAUGUUAAAGCAGUUUCAGUCAUAGAUCUUCAUUUAGUUUUAUAACAAUACAUUACGCAGCAUCCUAUAAAAUUGCCACAACCAGUCACAAACCGGGUCAAAUCUCAGGAACGCCUGAGACGAUUAGAUAUUCAGCAAUCUGUCAAAAUACAUACAUAAAACAACUAACUAACUAAACACUGUUUUUAAAGGUGCUAUAUAAAUAAAGGUAUUAUUAUUACCUAAUCAACACAAAAUAGGAGGAAAGGAUGACCUCCAAAUCGAAAUGUGUUAACAUGAAUGCAAUGUCAGGCUAAAAAAUGAACUGAAACAAAAUGACAAUUGAUUAUGAAGCUACUGUUUCCCUCCAGUUCUCCCCAGAGUUACUACAUUUUCAUGACAUUUCAUUUUGUACUUCUCCAACAGGUUUGCAUGAGAUGCUUUACUGCUUUAACAAUAGAAAUGUUACAUUUAAGUGUGUUGAGGAGAUUCUCUCUUUUUCUGUUAUCUCAUGUAAACCAAAGACUGAACAUAAGCAGCAUGAGCUUACAGAUUCAUCUGUUUUCUCCUAGGACAAUACUGUAAUUUCUUUCCUUGUACUGUAAAGAUCAUUCUCAAGUUUGGCUGUAGAGCCUAUUACCAUCCACUUAGCCUUGAGUAAUUGCCGUCAACCUGAGUUUCUGCUUCAUUCAAUCUCAGAAGUGCUUGGGUCCAGGGAAAAGAAGCAAGCCUUGUAGAUUCUCAGCAGAAUCAGGAUUUGGUGUUUGUGUCCCAGAGGCAGUCAGCAGUGAGUGAUGAGCAGUGUGGUGUACUGUUUGCAGGGAGGAUUCAUUUGAGUAAGAUCUCAGGGAGUUAGUGGUGAGAAGGGAGCCUGCAGGCUCAGCCAAAAGUGUAGCUCUGCAGCUAGAGCCAAACACCAAACACCAAAACUUCAUUGUCUUGCUUCAUAUCAGAAUUCUCAGCUAAGGGUUUGCAAGUUGGUUCAUGAGAUGAUGCAUGCCACUGCUACAUAACAGGGAACACAUGUACUGUACCAUAAUCUCAACCAGACAAAUUGGUUCAUUGGUUCACAUUUUAACCACAGGUUUGCAAUUCUGGCCUGGUGUCCAAUAUUCAAUGUUUUCUUUUUGUAUUUAGAUUUGUCAUUUAUCAUUCCACAUGAUUGCCUUAGCUGGCUGAGACAGAUCAUUAUUACUUUAUUUGUUUGUACAAAUUAUCAUUUUAAAAAAUAUGAAAUGACAUGCUGGACAUCUGUCUUGUGUGAUCCCUCCAUCAGCUCAUUCAAAGAAUUGUCAGUUGAAUGAAAAAAAAAAAUACAU